AUGAGUUUAUUAGAAAGAAUUUAGUACAAAUUGGGAUAGUAAGAAAUGAACGAGAAGAUAUAGAUAUUAUGUAUUAUGUUGUAGUUUCUUAUAUACCAAUAGUAAGUACAAGAGAAUGGUUAUAAAGAAGAAUAUUAAGAUAUGAUUUUCCUUAUAAAGGAUAAAUUUGUUGAUUAUUUUAUUCAGUAGAUCUAUCAAAAUUUCCAAUUUCUAAUUGUCCAGUAGGUGCUCAUACUGAAAUUGCUAGUAUAUUAUUAUUAUAAUUAAAAAGGUUUUGUUUUUGAAAAUACCUCUUCUGGUACUAAAAUUACAUUUGUCUAUAAUAAAGAUAUUAAAGGUUCAUAUAAUGAGAAAAAAAAUAAGAUUUUAAAAAAUUUGUAAAAUGAAUCCUUUAAAAAUGAUUGCAAUAAGAGAAUAAAUUUGA